AAGCGAGGGGAGGUAGGUUGAAAGGGGAGGGAAGAAGGCAGACACCCACGGCGGAGCGGUAGGAGGACUAUCCCAUGCCAGGACUUGUGGCGGCUGCAGCGGUAGCCUGGACUAGAGGAAGUGUUUUGGAGGCAUAGGAGAAAUAGCAGCAGCAGCUUUUCCCUUUUUUUUUCAGGAUACGAGCAAGAUUUUAUUUUAUUACCAGCAGUGACAGAAAGGAGCGAAAGGAGCCCCUGGGUCCAAGCAAACUCCGAAUAGCCAGAGAGCGCAUUCCAGCAGAGGAAAAUGAGCCUCCCAGCCCGCAGUAAGCCUGUUUGACGGCUGAGGGCUCUUUGAGACUUCGGACUUUAUCAUAUUCCUUUUCUUUCUACAGCUUAAACUUGCUUAAAAAAGGAGGAAAGGAAGACUCACCCCGAAAAAAAACAAGUCGUUGCUUUCACUUUAAAAAGGAAAGCCAAAGAUUCAUAAUGGAGGAGGGAUAUGAACUCGACCUUACGUAUAUCACAGAGCGUAUCAUAGCUGUGUCCUUCCCCCGGGGGUGCUCCGAGGAGAUCUACUCACACAACCUGAAGGAUGUCACGCGUAUGCUCAAGUCCAAGCAUGCAGACAAUUACCUGAUCAUCAACCUGUCAGAGAAAAGACAAGAUCUCUCUAGAAUGAACCCAAAGACCCUGGAUACAGGUUGGCCUGACCUGCAUGCUCCACCUUUGGAUAAGAUCUGCACCAUUUGUAAGGCCAUGGAGAGCUGGCUCAAUGCUGAUCCGCUACAUGUGGCUGUUAUACACUGCAGGGGUGGCAAGGGUCGAAUUGGCGUUGUCAUCUCAUCGUUUGUGCAUUUCACUGACGUGUCAGCCAGUGCUGACCAGGCGUUGGACCGCUUCGCCAUGAGGAAAUACUACGAUGAUAAGGUCUCAGCUCUGAUGACACCUUCACAGAAGCGGUACGUUUGGAUCCUCAACAGCCUGCUAAGCGGAUCCAUGAAGAUCAAUGCCUCCCCCUUGUUCAUGCACUGCGUCAUCCUUCACGGGAUUCCAGAUUUCAACUCCGCAAGAGUGUGCUGUCCUUACAUCAAGGUCUACCAGGGAAUGCAAGCAGUGUAUUCAUCUGGAUUCUAUCACAUUGGUCCAGGCCACAGAGACCGUGUAUGCAUCAUGCUGGAGCCUGCGCAGCUCCUAAAAGGGGACAUCAUGAUUAAAUGCUAUCAUAAAAGUGAGGUGACUUCAGAGCGUGAGGUUAUUUUCCGGGUGCAGUUUCACACGGGAGCAGUACAGGGUUACAACCUGAUGUUUGAAAAAGAGGACAUGGAGACUGCCAACAAAGAUCCCAGAUUUCCAGAUUAUGGUAAAGUGGAGCUGGUUUUCUCCGAGGGACCAGAGAAGAUCCCAGGUGCUGACAAGUGGAAAAAUGGAGGAGAUGUUAUUGUGGACUACAACACAGCAGAUCCUCUAACUCGUUGGGACUCGUACCAGAACAUCUGUGAUGGCGAAGCACCACGAUCUCAAGGCCUAACACAGGACAGGACGGCAAACAAGAGGAGCCCCACCAGAGGAGACGUCGCGCUGGCCCAAGGGCCACGCACAACCUCCGCAACCUCUAGCCCUGACCACAGUGACCACGCUCUCUCUGUCAGCAGUGACUCAGGCUUAUCUAGCACUUCCCUGUGGGCGGACAAACCCACACCUGUCGCCAGCGCUACCACCACCACCACCACCACCACCUCCGUCAAAGGUAACCAGGGACCAAGUCAGCAGGAAAAGGUCCAGCUAAAGCGCCUCCUGAGUGGUUUUGGCCUUGAGGAUCCGUCACUGGAGGAGAUGACUGACGAAGGUGCUAGAGUGGGUGUCCAGCAGGUAGUCCCAGCGCAGGUGCACAUCAAUGGAGACCCACAACCCCGAGAGAGGGAAACAGACAUUCUUGAUGAUGAAGUCAUUAUAGGUCACGAUCUGCACAGUGUGGACAGUUUAGGAACCUUGUCGUCAUCGUGCCACAAGAGCAGCCAGAACUCCCUGCUGUCAGAUGGCUUUGGGAGUCCCGGAGGAGAGGAGCAGCAAAGCCAAAGCCAGCACCACAUCCACCAUGUCGCACCUCAUCCUAUUGAGGACUAUGAAAGAUCCUAUGCUGAGGCUAGAAGGGGCUGUCUGAGCUACAGGAGCAACUCUAUAGCCUCCUCUAAUCCCAGCAAUGCCCCUGUACCCCAGCAGCAUGUCUACAGACAGGGAAGCUAUUCCACACAGUCCUGGGUUCGGCAGCAGCAAAUGGUUGCCGCGCAACACUUUACCUAUAUGCCAGAGGAUGGAAACGAUGCAGAUCGAUUCCACCGGAACAAGCAGGGUGGUAGUCUACCUAAAGCAGGCCUGCCCACUGAACCACAGGGCCUUACCAGGGACUCCGCAGCAGAUCUUAUUAGAAACGCAGCACCCCACAAAGAACAAACGUCGAUAAACAACAACAAUAACAACAAACGGGAUGAGGAGUUCAAAUCUCUCACGAAGGACAUCGACAACUCCAUCGACCAGCUCAAUCAGCUGAUCAUGGACCUGGAUCCCACGUUUGUGCCGAGCCACGGCAGCUCCAUUAAGAGAAAAGGUGGAACACCGGUUAACGGCUCGGUCGGCAAAUGUUCAAACGGCAUCAACCUCAGAUUCAGCGAUAAUAACUCAGCAGACCUGAAAAGCACACAGCAGACAGCUGUCCAAUCCAGUGAAGGACGAGUGGGCAUAACACAGACUCUGAGUUGCCAAGGAAGGGACGUCAUAGAUCAUUCAGGCUUCUGUAACUCAAGAUGGACUGAAACAGAGGAGUACAGAGGCCAGCGGAGAUGUCCCCCCUGUGUGCCACAGUCCCAGCAUUCCAUAUUGUGUCGAAGUGACAGUGCGGAUUACAGAUCCAACGGCCCAGAUGUAGAUAAUAGUGACAUACCUCCACCCACUCCUGCAUUCCCCAUCUCUCCACCAACACCUUAUGUGAAAAUCUUCUCAGAAGUGACUCACAACAGGAAUACUCCAUCUCCCAGCAUGCAAUCUUUUGGAGGCUACAGAACCGACCACGAACCCAGGGAAUAUUCAGAGAUCAACCAUUUCGGAGUGGAGAGUUUGCCAGACCCCUCCAUGAACUGCCACAGGACACAAAGUUCCUCAUACUCUGCCUCUAUUGUUGGGAGCCUUCAGCAGACAGACAGUUCAAACAAGAACCAGCACUGGCCAGAGCAUCCUGUCCUGAGCCACCACUCUUCUUUGAGUAGCUACCCCUCUGCAAGACAACCUCUGCCGCACUCCGUGUCACUGGACUAUGGCCACCACUCUCCUCCCCUUAACCACCCCCACAUCCACCCUGCCCCGAAUGCUCACAGCUCUCCUCGAAGCAACCAGCGAAGCCGUAUGGCUAACUAUGCUCUCAACCAUAGUCCUGCUCAAAGCUGUGAGGAACAGGAUGACUCAUGUCUCGGCUAUGGCACAGACUGUCCAAACCUGGACAGGGAUCUUUUACCCUCAAUGGAUGGGCAGAAUCAGUUAACACAAAUGCAGCCUCCACUUCUGCCUGAAAAGAAGAGGACGUCAGAUGGGGAGCAUUCGCUGGGAACAGCCUCUCCAGCCCUCAGUGGAUUCUCAAGUCCCCACAGUGGUAGCUCCCUGAGUAUUCCUUUCCCUAACAUCUUGCCUGACUUGUCAGCUCAGACGCCAGGCACAGCCUCACCUCUGCCAGAUGUGCUAGCCAACAAGCAGGUUACUGUAAAAUUUGUGCAGGAUACAUCAAAAUUCUGGUACAAGCCAGACAUCUCAAGGGAUCAAGCUAUUUCAGUCUUGAAAGACAAGGAGCCAGGCUGCUUUAUUGUGCGGGACAGCCACUCCUUCAGGGGGGCCUACGGUCUGGCUAUGAAGGUGGCUACACCCCCUCCCUCAGUUCUUCAGCAGAACAAAAAAGGAGGAGAUUUGGCCAAUGAAUUAGUGCGCCACUUUCUGAUUGAGUGCACACAGAAAGGAGUGCGGCUGAAGGGUUGCCCCAAUGAGCCAUAUUUUGGAAGCUUAACCGCAUUGGUCUACCAACAUUCAAUCACUCCUCUGGCCCUGCCCUGUAAACUUAUCAUACCUGACAAAGAUCCUCUUGAAGAUGUCAUUGAGAACACCUCGCAAUCGGUAACAAACUCUGCCGCUGAGCUGCUAAAACAGGGAGCAGCCUGUAAUGUGUGGUUCCUGGGCUCUGUGGAAAUGGAGUCACUAACGGGUGUCCAGGCAGUGCAGAAGGCCACCACUAUGGUCCUGAACUCUAACGCUACACCAACCUCCACUGUGGUCCACUUCAAAGUUUCUUCUCAGGGAAUCACCCUCACUGACAACCAGAGAAAGCUCUUUUUCAGGAGGCAUUACAAUGUCAAUACAGUAAUAUACUGUGCUCUGGACCCUCAAGAUAGAAAGUGGAAAAAAGAUGGCUGCCCAUCAGCAAGAAUCUUCGGCUUUGUGGCGAGGAAAACUGGCACUUCGACGGGCAACGUAUGCCACCUGUUUGCUGAGCAUGACCCCGAGCAGCCAGCAAGCGCUAUUGUCAACUUUGUGUCAAAGGUGAUGAUUGGUUCACAUAAGAGUAAGUAGAGGACAAAGCAGAUCACUUGGACAGACGUUAGCAACGUCUAGAACAACGAAUGAAAGACUGAGAGGCUGAAGAACGGACUAAAUAUAAUGACUCGAGAUGGUGAUGAUCUGAAUUUGAACUGAAAAAUGUGCAAAUGUAAAGUGAUCACUGUACGAGGACAUUCAGUGACAUCUUUAAUCGAAAAGUAUAAAUAACUUUUUUAAAAUUUUGUUCCUUUCAGUGCAUGAACUGUAAAUUAGCUACAUAACAAAUAACAAAAUCAUUAUCAUUUUCACAUUGUUUACAACUGUAAUGUCUUACACAGUAAUACAAUCAUUAUUAACAUAUUUUAAGUUCCUCAUACUAAAGCUGCUUUUCUUACUCAUUCAUAGCAUUUUAUGGACCAACCAAGAAAACCCUACAUUGUUGUAUGUUUCUCUCAUAUUUAACCAAAAAAGAAAGGAUAAAAAAAAAACUUCAUGCAAGCAUUCAUUAAGAUUUCUUUAGUUGUAUCUGAUGUAGAAACACCUCAUCUAACCAAGCAGGCAGGAUUUCUCUGUGGAUUUAAAAACAUGCAAAAGCAGUGUUGCAAAUGUGUAUGAUUUGGACUUUGUGCCUAACUUCAUCACAUGCAUGAUUAUUUUAUCUAUGCAAUGUAAAUGUUGUUUUUGCUUUUUUUUUUUUUAACGUGUAGUUUUGUAAAAUGUUGCUGCAUGUAAGUGGCUUUUUUGAAGGUGUUAAAUCAAUUUUAUCAUAAGAUGUAUUGGAGUAUGACCACUUUUAAAGCUGUCAACAUUUUAAUGAAAGUGUGAGCGUGCAUUUGCGAGUGUUUGAAUGAGAGAAAUUGUAGAAAGAUAUUUUAAUGAAACCAUAAUAUUCUUUUAUUAUAUAUAUUCUGCUUUGACAGUAACUGAUUAAAAACACAUCAGUACUUUUGUAGAUGGUACAAAAGACUAAGAACGUAGGGUUACCUUGUAACCUCGGUUCUCUGAGUAAAGAGUCGAUUGUGCCAAUUCUAGGGCUGCUUGGAGAUCAAAUUAUCAGUGAUUUCACGCCAGCACAGGUGCUCUAUAAGUGAGCCAGAGUGUCUGUCCACACGCCCUGAAUAGCAUUGGGAUUAUCCUUGUACAUAUCAAAUAUGUAACAAAUUGAAGAUUGAGAUCAACACUGCAAUCUUUCAGUGUCAAAAAUAAAGCAGUAUACACAUACCCCCACCCCCUUUUUUUAUAUUUAUACUAAAUGUGUAAAAGCACACAUCCACACACAGGCUGCUAUGUUACAAGAACAAAUGCUGUUAUUAAAAAGAAAACAAAGAAGAAAGAAAGAGGUCAGUGUUGGAAUUUGCACAAAUAGGUUUAGUGUUUAGCACACUCAGCUAGUCAUCUGUCAGUGAUACACAUUUGCUCCUGGAAAAAUCUGUUUGUACUCCAGCUGAUUGUUCACAUUGUAUAAACGACGAUGACCAUAGAAAUGGAUUUGUGUUGGGUGACCAUUUUAUCCAGAGAGGGAUCGACAACCACACUAACAGCUGGUGUUAUUCUUGCAUCAAGUGCACGCUUAUUAUCACUUUCCAUGACCUAUUAUGUGUACCUCAUCCUUAUCUCAUUUAAUACUGUGCCUCGGUGUAAAACAUGCUACAUGUGAACGAUUUAUUUGUAUAUGGGCAUUUCCAUGUUUUUGUUGACUUGUAAAUACUAAACAUAAUGAAACAUUUAUUUAAUCUUGAUCCACUAGAUUCAGCAACUAGUGGGAGUAUUAGCCUUGUACCCAGAGCUGUAAAUAUCAGGCUGUUUGUUGGUUUUUGCAUGAACUGUAGCGGUGGUAGAUUGGGUAAAUGAAUCCCUUUUAUUAGAAAACGGUUAGCUCUGUCUUGUGUCCUUGUAUCUCUGUGUUAAGCUAUGCUGUGCAGCUUUAUGUAAGUAUAGAGACACCAGGAUGGUAAUAUCUACCAGCAAAGGAGCAAAUAAAUGAAAUUUGAAUA